AUGAGACUGUUCCCCCAGCUCGUCGCCGCACUCGCCAUCCUCCCUGGAGCUCUGGCGGUUGACCAGAAGCGGUCCGCAAUUAUUUGGUUCGAUGAUCCGAACACGCCCGACUCUGUGGUCAACGACGCCAAGGCAUCGAUAGUCAAGGGCGGCGGCAAGAUCACUCACGUUUAUACAAUCAUCAAGGGCUUUGCCGUCGUUGCACCCGUAAAGGUCCUGGAAAGCGUACAGGUCACGGCUAGCAAGAGCCAGUACAAGAUGCGGGUCGACAAUGAUGAGAUGGUAUCUAGCCAAGACUGA